CGCAAGACGGCAGCGAGCGAGCGACACACAUGUGGAGAGCGGUGCCUUGUAUUUCUGCAUUCAGACCCCUGACUCGAGUCUGUGUGUUUUCACAACAAGUUAAACUUUGCUCACCAGUGUUUCCAGCCCACAACUUCUCUCAUUUCAGUCCAUGUAGCUCUGUGCACGCCAAGGGUUUGAUGUCAAAAAGACGAGCUCCCAGCAGGAAGAUGUCUCAGUCCGAAGUUCAACGCAUGGUCUGGGUGGAUCUGGAGAUGACAGGCCUGGACAUUGAAAAGGACCAGAUUAUUGAAAUGGCUUGCAUUGUUACAGACUCUGACCUGAACGUCAUUGCAGAAGGGCCAAAUCUGAUCAUCAACCAACCAGAUGAUCUACUUGACGGCAUGUCAGACUGGUGCAAAGAGCAUCAUGGGAAAUCAGGGUUAACACAGGCAGUCAGGGACAGUCACAUCACUCUCCAGCAGGCAGAGUACGAGUUUCUGUCAUUCAUUCGACAGCACACACCACCCGGAGUGUGUCCUCUCGCAGGAAACUCUGUUCACGCCGACAAGAAGUUUCUGGAUAAAUACAUGCCUCAGUUCAUGCACCACCUGCACUAUCGCAUCAUAGACGUGAGCACCAUUAAAGAGCUCUCCAGGCGGUGGUAUCCGGAAGACUAUAGUCUCGCACCACAAAAAAAAUCCUCUCACAGAGCGCUGGACGACAUCCAGGAGAGCAUUAAAGAACUCAAGUUUUACAGAACGAGUGUUUUCAAAGCCAAGGAGAAGAAAACAAUAGUUGAAAAUGGCAAUAAGACGUCCACAAGCUAAUCUUGAAGCUGAUGUGCAGUGCUUUUAGGAUCUCGGAUUCACACAUUUGAAUAAAAGCUUGUGUGAAUGCUUGAGAGUGAGCUAAAGCUGUCGGCAUCCCUACUGCUUUAUUCUUGUUUUAUUUUUUUAUCAUGGCAAAUAGCUUCGUUUAAAAAAAAAAUCUAAAAAGUUGACAUUUGUUGAGUUUAACUCAUCCUUUUGAGUGAGUUCCUUUUAUUAUCCAUUGUGUUUCACAUUAGGAAUGUUUUAUUGCUUACUGGAUCAAGUCAGUGUGUGGUAAUGAAACUGUAGUGUGUUUAAAUAGGUUCUUCUGUCUCAGAGUGCUUUCAUUACAUCCAUUUUUUUGGAAAUAAAAUCUCAUUUGUUCCUGUU